UAUGCCAUACAGAUAAGUAAAAAGCACUAUCUGCAACGUACGCCGUAAGGCACUACAUUUCUUUAUCCGAAAGCGGUGUCGGAGCAGUGAGUGAACAAUGUAAUCGUGUAUAUUUAACGUAACAUAUGCCCCCCCCCCCUUAUCUACCUUGUUGCAGGAGCACAGCAGCGGCGCAAUUCAGAGAGCAGCGUAAGUCGAGGGAGGUUCUCCAGUCGUCGGCAACGCGAGUCACUCCCGGAAACGCGGAAGUAAAACCACACGGCCAAGAGAUGCCGAUAACGAAGAUCUGUUGCAUCGGGGCCGGCUACGUAGGCGGGCCGACCUGCAGCGUGAUAGCCCUCAAGUGCCCCCACAUCCGGGUGACGGUGGUCGACAAGUGCAGCGAGCGCAUAUCCCAAUGGAACUCAACGAAGCUGCCCAUCUACGAGCCCGGCCUCGACGACGUCGUCCAACGCUGCCGCGGCAGGAAUCUCUUCUUCUCCACCGACAUCGCGCAGGCAAUCGAGGAGGCGGAGCUGAUCUUCAUUUCGGUGAACACGCCGACAAAGACCUUCGGCAACGGCAAGGGCCGGGCUGCCGAUUUGAAGCACGUCGAGAGCGCGGCGCGGAUGAUAGCCGAGAUAGCCGCUGGUGACAAGAUUGUCGUCGAGAAGAGCACCGUACCGGUGCGCGCGGCGGAGAGUAUCAUGAAAAUACUGAGGGCCAACCACAAACCUGGUGUCUCCUAUCAGAUCCUGUCGAAUCCGGAGUUCCUGGCCGAGGGCACGGCCAUCAAAGACCUGAUCAACGCCGACCGGGUCCUGAUCGGCGGCGAGGAGACACCCGAGGGUCAAGCUGCGAUAGAGAAGCUCAGCCAGGUGUACGAGAACUGGAUACCCAGGAGGAACAUACUCACGACCAACACUUGGAGCUCGGAGCUCUCAAAAUUGGCAGCCAACGCUUUCCUGGCCCAGAGGAUAUCGAGCAUAAACGCGCUGUCGGCGAUCUGCGAGUCGACGGGGGCCGAUAUUUCCGAGGUCGCCCGAGCCAUAGGCGGAGACACGCGCAUCGGCCCGAAAUUCUUGGAGGCGUCCAUCGGCUUCGGGGGCUCUUGCUUCCAGAAGGACAUACUCAAUCUCGUUUACAUCGCCGAGUGCCUCAACUUGAAGCAGGUCGCUCUUUACUGGCAGACCGUCAUUGACAUGAACGAGUACCAAAAGACCAGGUUUACGAACAAGGUGAUCGAGUCCCUCUUCAACACCGUCUCGGACAAGAAAAUCUCGAUGCUCGGCUUUGCCUUUAAGAAGAACACGGGAGACACGCGCGAGUCGCCAGCCAUCGAUGUGGCCAAGGCCCUGUUGGACGAGGGAGCCAAGUUACACAUUUACGAUCCAAAGGUGGAGGACGCCCAGAUUUUCUUGGACCUGACUCAUCCGCGAGUGACGUCGGAUCCAGAAUACGUCGUUAGCAGAGUCAGUAUUUACAAGGACGCGUACAGCGCCACGAAAAACACUCAUGCGAUCGUCCUCUGCACCGAGUGGGACGAGUUCGGGGAGUUGGAUUACAGAAGGAUCUAUGCGGAAAUGAUGAAACCUGCGUACAUAUUCGACGGCAGGAAAAUCCUCGAUCACGAUAAGUUGAUGAAAAUCGGUUUCAUCGUGCAAACGAUCGGUAAGAGAUUGACGAGAACUGCGGUAUCGCGGGCUUGGGGGAGUCAGACGCAGAUGUAAAAAAAAAAAGAAAAAAUAGGAAA